CGCCGCGCUCGCCGGGGGAUGCAGCAGCAGCGGCGGCGGCGGCGGCGGCGGCGGCGGCAGCAGCAGCAGCGGCGCGGAGUCCCCUGCGCCCCGCGGCCCGGCCGGGCUGCGGCAGAGGCGGCAGCGCCGCGCGCCGGGUGAGGCCGCCCGGGCCGUGCGCGCCGAUCCGUGAGGGACCAGGGAAGACAGCCCGGAGGUGAGCGGCGAGGGAGCGGCCGCGGUGCACCAUGGGGCCCCCCAGCCUCCUGCUGUGCGCGCUCUGGGCCGCGCUCUUCUCCCUGCUCGACGGAAGCUCCGCCUUCCUGGCCCACCACCGGCUGAAGGGCAGGUUCCAGCGGGACCGGAGGAACAUCCGGCCCAACAUCAUCCUGGUGCUGACCGACGACCAGGACGUGGAGCUGGGUUCCAUGCAGGUGAUGAACAAGACGCGGCGCAUCAUGGGGCAGGGAGGGGCGCACUUCAUCAACGCCUUCGUGACCACGCCCAUGUGCUGCCCCUCGCGCUCGUCCAUCCUCACCGGCAAGUACGUGCACAACCACAACACCUACACCAACAACGAGAACUGCUCCUCACCCUCCUGGCAGGCGCAGCACGAGAGCCGCACCUUCGCCGUGUACCUCAACAGCACCGGCUACCGCACAGCUUUCUUCGGGAAGUACCUGAACGAGUACAACGGCUCGUACGUGCCGCCCGGCUGGAAGGAGUGGGUCAGCCUGCUGAAGAACUCCCGCUUCUACAACUACACGCUCUGCCGCAACGGCGUCAAGGAGCGGCACGGCUUCGACUACGCCAAGGACUACCUCACGGACCUCAUCACCAACGACAGUGUGAGCUUCUUCCGCACAUCCAAGAAGAUGUACCCGCACCGGCCCGUGCUCAUGGUCAUCAGCCACGCGGCCCCGCACGGCCCCGAGGACUCAGCCCCGCAGUACUCCCGCUUCUUCCCCAACGCGUCCCAGCACAUCACGCCAAGCUACAACUACGCCCCCAACCCAGACAAGCACUGGAUCAUGCGCUACACAGGGCCCAUGAAGCCGAUCCACAUGCAGUUCACCAACGUGCUACAGCGCAAGCGCCUGCAGACCCUCAUGUCUGUGGACGACUCCAUGGAGACGAUCUACAACAUGCUUGUGGAGACGGGCGAGCUGGACAACACCUACCUCGUCUACACCGCUGACCACGGCUACCACAUCGGCCAGUUCGGCCUGGUGAAGGGCAAGUCCAUGCCCUACGAGUUUGACAUCAGGGUCCCGUUCUACGUGCGGGGCCCCAACGUGGAGGCCGGCUCUCUGAACCCCCACAUCGUCCUCAACAUCGACCUGGCCCCCACCAUCUUGGACAUCGCAGGGCUGGACAUCCCCGCGGACAUGGACGGGAAGUCCAUCCUCAAACUGCUGGACACGGAGCGGCCAGGGAACCGGUUCCACUUGAAGAAGAAGAUGAGGGUCUGGCGGGACUCCUUCCUGGUGGAGAGGGGCAAGCUGCUGCACAAGCGGGACAGCGACAAGGUGGACGCCCAGGAGCAGAACUUCCUGCCCAGGUACCAGCGCGUGCAGGACCUGUGCCAGCGGGCCGAGUACCAGACGGCGUGCGAGCAGCUGGGGCAGAAGUGGCAGUGCGUGGAGGACGCCACGGGGAAGCUGAAGCUGCACAAAUGCAAGGGCCCGGUGCGGUCCGGCGGCGGGGGCGGCGGGGGCGGCGGGGCCGUCUCCAACCUCGUGCCCAAGUACUACGCGCGGGGCGGCGAGGCCUGCACCUGCGACGGCGCCCGCGACUACAAGCUCAGCCUGGCCGGCCGCCGCAGAAGGCUCUUCAAGAAGAAGUACAAGGCCAGCUACGUACGCAGUCGCUCCAUCCGCUCCGUGCCCGUCAUCGUGGGCGGUAAGGUGUACCACCUGGGCCCCGCGAGCGCCUCCCAGCCCCGCAACCUCACCAAGAGGCACUGGCCAGGGGCCCCCGAGGAGCAAGAUGACAAGGACGCUGGGGACUUCAGUGGCACUGGAGGCCUCCCAGACUUCUCAGCCCCCAACCCCAUUAAAGUGACACAUCGGUGCUACAUCCUAGAGAACGACACAGUCCAGUGUGACCUGGACCUGUACAGGUCCCUGCAGGCGUGGAAAGACCACAAGCUGCACAUUGACCACGAGAUCGAAACCCUGCAGAAUAAGAUUAAGAACCUCCGGGAGGUCCGAGGCCACCUGAAGAAGAAGCGGCCGGAGGAAUGCGACUGCCAGAAACCCAGCUUCCACAGCCAGCACAGUGGCCGCCUCAAGCACAAGGGCUCCAGCCUGCACCCUUUCAGGAAGGGCCUGCCGGAGGACAAGGUGUGGCUGCUGCGGGAGCAGAAGCGGAAGAAGAAGCUGCGCAAGCUGCUGAAGCGGCUGCAGAACAACGACACGUGCAGCAUGCCCGGCCUCACGUGCUUCACGCACGACAACCAGCACUGGCAGACGGCCCCGCUCUGGACGCUGGGGCCCUUCUGUGCCUGCACCAGCGCCAACAACAACACGUACUGGUGCAUGAGGACGAUCAACGAGACCCACAACUUCCUCUUCUGCGAAUUCGCCACCGGCUUCCUCGAGUACUUUGACCUCAACACGGACCCCUACCAGCUGAUGAACGCGGUGAACACCCUGGACAGGGACGUCCUCAACCAGCUCCACGUGCAGCUCAUGGAGCUGAGGAGCUGCAAGGGGCACAAGCAGUGCAACCCCCGGACUCGGAACAUGGACCUGGGACUCAAAGAUGGCGGCAGCUAUGAACAGUACAGGCAGUUCCAGCGUCGCAAGUGGCCGGAGAUGAAGAGGCCGUCCUCCAAGUCGCUGGGGCAGCUGUGGGAAGGCUGGGAAGGCUAAGACGCAACGGCGAUGGACCUGCGAAACCCAGAGGCCCCGCCUGAGUGCCCGGUGGGCAGAGGCCGUGCGCGACUUCCAGGAGCCUGUGCUGUGGGCCGGGCAGCCCGAGAAACAGCCUGCUUUCGGGGACCGCGGCGACCUCCGGAGGAUGAGCGGCGGGAGCAGAGCUUCAGGAAGCCCACCUGCGCCCCUGCUUCUGCCUCGCCAGCCGCACAGGAUGCGUCUCGGAUCAGAAGUCACCACUAACCCUCGAGAGGCUCGCGAGGGGAACAGAGAUUUUCUUGGAAAUUUCCCCCAAGGGUGAAAGUCACUGGAAUUUUUUUUUUUUUUAAUCAUAGGGGGAAAACGACUCUGUUUUAAAUCCUCGUAUUCUUUUGAUUCAUCACAAAGAAGGAACUGAGAAACCGGCAGGGGCAGCUGGCAGAUGCUGCGACAGCACACAGUGAGACCGUGAGUCAGUGGCACAAGACAGGCGACACGGACCUAGCACGAUCGUCCUGGCCGGCUGCCUUCCCUGUACAUACGUGACUCUCGCCCUGUAACCCACACGGGACCGUUCGGGGACUGACCCGCAGAACCCCCCGUGUUCAAGAGUGGCGCGCCAAUAAACGCCCUGUGGCCAGUGUCAAAGAAACCCUCGUCGUUGUGGCCGUUCGUUGCUGCCCACACCCCGUCCCCCGCCCCGUCACCCAUCCCCGAACUGUGUUUUCAGGUACUGAAAAGCAAUGAAGUAUGUAUGUCCCACAUUUUAGAGAUCGUUUUGUAAAGAAUUUUUGUAGCUGAGUAUUGUCAUACAAUGUUCAAAGCCCCGGCUGAUGACCAGCAGUUAUAAGAAACACUUGUUUUGUUAA